AACAUUUUGGAGUUUCUAGACCCAGGAGAAAAUGAGGAGUUCAUUACAGUAUGCUGGCCCAGUCCUUAUCCUCUUUGGAAUGCUGAGUAUAUCCUCUGGGAUCCUUGCUUUCUUCCCAGUAUUUUCCUACAAGAUCUGGUUCACCGGAUGGAGUGCCCGGAUCGCUUGUCCCAUCUGGAAUGGAGCUUUGGUGGUUACCGUUGGUGUUCUUGUCCUGCGGGCUCAUAGAGAGCAGAUGCAAAGAUCUCUGUGGGAAGCUAGUUUCACCUUUGCCACCCUGAGUCUCAUCGGAUGCUCACUUCAAAUGGUGAUCGCCAUACAAUCUGCUCUUCUGGGCCCAUAUUGUUACUAUUCUUUCUCAGGGAUCUCUGGAACCAAUUAUCUGGGUUAUGCGGUGAUGUUUCCUUUUCCUUAUGUGAGAUACCCAUCAGUCUGUGUAGAUCCACCUUACUAUGAAGAAUAUCACCUGAUUCUACAAGUUCUCGACCUAGCUUCUGGCUUGGCCAUGCUGUGCAUGUCUCUGCUUGUGCUGGUCAAACUUUCCUCGAGGCUCAUCCAGUUUGGAGACAUAAACGGUCAAAGGAAUUGAUGGUAAGCUGGAGAUGGUGCUCAGUGGAAAUUCCACUUAUUCCCUGGCAUCUGAAGACAUCUGUGAUUUGUGUAUUUUGAUCCCCAGCUAUUUUUUUUCCCAAGACUGGAAAAACCUUCCUCGGUGGGCUAUGUCAGUGUGAUGUCACAGCUGAAAUUCUUCCACAGUUUGUUUGUCAGCAGGAAUUUGGAGAUCUGAACUGGCCCAGCUGAAAUGAUCCCCUCUCUCCGACUCUGAUAGAGGAUUACAUUGGCUGUGGGGGGUUAUCCACAUGAUCCCACCACCCCGCCAGGUGCCCUGUGCCCUCUUGCAACUGAAUUAAAGAAACAUAUUCUCAGA